UUCCAACAUAUAUAUAUAUAUAUAUAUAUAUAUAUAACAACAUCACCCUUAUAUUGAUCAAGCUUCAAAUAUAUAAUCCAAAAAGUAUGGCAGUCGCUUUAUUCCGUUUCCGAUUUGUUAUUCUAACCUUGACUCUUUUUCAUCCCCAUUUUCGCACUAGGGUUCUUGCGUUGGCUACUCAAAAUGAAAAUGACUUUAGUUACAUGAAGGCCGUCACCAACGCCACCGACCUACCGCCGUGGACGGCGGAGUACGACUACAUAGUGAUCGGAGGGGGGACCGCCGGCUGCCCUCUGGCGGCUACUUUGUCGGCGAAUUACUCAGUGCUCGUCCUCGAAAGAGGCGGCGACCCAGAAACAUACCAGGACUUCUUCCGGGCAGAGAAUUUCGAAGCUCACAUGGUGGAAGAAGACGACGGGGAAGGUCCAGUCGAGAGGUUCAGGUCGGAAGACGGCGUUGAAAACGCGAGAGGAAGGGUUCUCGGCGGAGGUAGCAUGAUCAACAUGGGGUUCUACUCACGAGCGGAGAAGGAGUUUUAUGAGAAAUCGGGGGUGGAGUGGGAGAUGGGUCUGGUGGAAAAGGCGUACGAGUGGGUGGAAGAGAGCAUUGUGCACGGAUCGGAGUUGUUAGAGUGGCAAAACUCCAUGAAAGAAGCUUUGUUGGAAGCCGGAGUUGGACCGUACAAUGGGUUUAGUUUGGAUCAUAAGUUGGGAACCAAAUAUUCUGGCUCCAUAUUCGAUGAGUUUGGGGGUAGACAUGGUGCUGCCGAGCUUCUCAACAAAGGAGAUUUGAGCAAGUUGAGAGUGGCUGUUCGUGCAACGGUGGAACGAAUCUUGUUCUCAGGUCUAACUGCAGUGGGAGUGAUAUUUAGAGACUCCAAAGGCAAAUCCCACAGAGCAUUUGUUCGAACCAAAGGAGAGAUCAUAUUAAGCGCUGGCACAAUCGGAAGCCCCCAACUCCUCCUCCUAAGCGGAGUUGGCCCAGCCUCUGAGUUGUCGUUUUUGAAAAUUCCUGUCGUUCAACCCCAACCUCACGUCGGAAAGUUCAUGGCCGAUAACCCUCGUAACAACAUCAACUUAUUAAUGCCCUUCACACUCUUUCCCUCCUACUUACAAAUAGUCGGAAUCACCCCAGAUUUCUACCUCGAAACUGCUUCUUUCAUUGUCCCAUUUACCACCUCAUUUGCUACCAAACCCUCCAGCCUUAGUGGAAACUACCUAACUUCUUCAUCCAUCGAUCUAAGCGCGGCAACUAUUUGCACCAAAGUCCCCGGACCUUCUUCUUACGGAACCCUCUCGUUGUCUUCGGCGGUGGAUGUCGAAGCCCUCCCCAACGUUCGAUUCAACUACUUUUCUGAUCCGACGGAUCUCGCCCGCUGUGUCAAGGCCAUGAGGAAAGUUGGUGAUUUGUUGAAGACUAAAGCCCUGGCUGCAUUUAAGUUUGAUAAAAAUUUUGAUGACGAGUUAGGGUUUAAGUUUUAUGGUCCUUCUUUGCCAAUGGAUUACACGUCGAGUAAUAAUAAUAAUGAUUCGUCGUUGGAAGAGCUUUGCCGGAGUACGGUGACAACCUGGUGGCAUUACCAUGGCGGAUGCCGGGUGGGAAAGGUGGUCGAUGGUGACUUUCGGGUUAUUGGGAUUGAAGGACUUCGAGUUGUGGAUGGUUCUGUUCUUAGUAUCUCACCGGGUACCAAUCCUCAAGCCACAAUUAUGAUGUUAGGCCGGUAUGUGGGGCUUAGGAUUCUUCAAGAAAGAAUGAAUUAGGCCACGGGAAAUAGCUAUAAUGGCGGGUAAGAUUUGUGGAUGCUUGGGGAAUGUGUAUCGGUGAUGAAUGGAUUCAAGGAGUCGAGAGUUCGAUUUCGAGGAUGUAGUCUUUUAUUUAUGGUUUAUGUGUAUUUUUCCGCACCUAUUUAUGUAAUCUCUUUUCAUUUCAAUUAAGAUAUGUUUUUUUUUUAAAAACAAUGGAAUCCCAUAUCCUGCUUUGAGUU